AUGACAUCCGAGGAUACACAGACCAGCAUCUCUCCUGUCACUCAUCGCGAUGGGGCAAUAUCUGGGAAGCAGAAAUUGCGCGAAUUCACGAUCACAGUCCAGGACAUCGUCCCGCCCGGAGUCAACCUCCACGACAAAAGUGUCAAGCACUGCUACAUCCAAUCUCGACCCACCUAUUACUUGGGCUACUUUAUGUCGACGAGGGGGUUCUACGAGAGCAUGAAGAAGAGCGGGAGGGCGGAAGCGACCAUGACGGCCACACUUGACAAGUACCUCGCGUAUAUAAAGGAGAAAAGUGGAAUAACGUGGGGCCAUGGGUUAAAGAGGGAGAUCCUAGCUGGAGAAGAAAGGUGGUUGAUCUGGCUGAUGAGGUCUGGGCGCAAGGAGGAUGUGUACACCGCAGAGCCGGAGCUGGUUGCCGACUUCCGGAGACUGCUGGGCGCUUGCGUGGAUCCCGGGAUUAUCAUAUACAAUCACUCGAAGCACUUUAUAUGCUGA